GGAUUAUCACGAGUGAGUUUUGCACCGUGUUUGUGAUAUUGUGAAACUUGGUAUAAGACCACACUCCCUGAUGAUUACAAGAUAACACUAGCAGUGUGUAGCUGCCGCGACACUGACAUGGCAGGGGGCACAACCCAGGUGAUAGACGCAGAGCUGGCCCAGGUCAGACAGAGGCUGGUGGGCAUCGAGGGAGUCAAACUCGAGGCUGCUGUCCGGGAACUGGUCAGGGUGGCUGUUUUUGUGACGGAGCAGAAACAAGUGACCAUUCAUCUGAUGUUCCCGGAGAACUACCCACACCAGCCCAUCGUGGUGGAGCUCAAGAGCAAGAGUCUGUCCUUCAAGCUGCUGGACGGCCUGUGUAAGAUGUGUGACGAGGAGGCUCGCAAACAUGUGGGCCAGAGACAGGUGGUGUUGAUGGUGAUGUUUGUGAAAACGUUCCUGCAGGAAAACCCGCUGUGUGUGUGUAACGAGGAGAUCUCAUACAUCAAACGCAAUCUCGUGUCCGGCGAUGAUAAAGUUAUUUUAAAACAAAAGACUUCACAAAUUGUGAUAAAAGUGAAGCAGGGGAGCUAUUUCAUGAAUCUCCGAAUAACCGUGCCGGAUGACUACCCCUUUCACCAAGUCCAAUGUGAGAUUGAGGACUGCAACUUUCCAGCACUAUUAAAGACAUUUUUCCAGGCACAAGCCAUUGAAGUUUCCCGACAGUGUGUCCAACCUCCGCUCAAGAGAAAACCCAAAGACCCUCCCUUCCAGCCCAAGCCAUCACUUCGUCCUUUGUGUGAGUUCCUCAUUCGAGACUGCUGCAAGCGCUACCCCAAGGAGGCCUGUCAGCUGUGCAGGGACAAUGUCUUGUCCGAGGACCCUGAGGCCCCAACUCGAGAGCCGAAGAAGAGACUGGAGCGUGUGUACUGCGGCCACCUGUUUCACACCGGCUGUCUCAACACCUACAUGAAGACUCCGCCUUUCAUAGGAGGCAAGAAGUGUCCAGGAUGUGGUUGUCAGAUCUUUCAUGAGAAGUGGAAAGUUUCCCCGGAGCUGGCUGAGGCUCGCUGGGCUCACAAACAGGCACGGCAGCGGGAACUGGCUGAGGUGGUCGACUUCCUUGAGUGACACACAGACUACGCUGAGAUCUACACUGGUCGACUUCCUUGAGUGACACACAGACUACGCUGAGAUCUACACUGGUCGACUUCCUUGAGUGACACACAGACUACGCUGAGAUCAACACUGGCACCCGGACAUGGCUUAACACACUGGGACACAGCCAGGCAUCAGUGAACACAUACAGCAUCAGUGAACACAUACAGCAUCAGUGAACACAUACAGCAUCAGUGAACACAUACAGCAAAAGUGAACACAUACAGCAUCAGUGAACACACACAGCAUCAGUGAACACAUACAGCAUCAGUGAACACAUACAGCAUCAGUGAACACAUACAGCAUCAGCGAACACACACAGCAUCAGUGAACACACACAGCAUCAGUGAACACAGCCAGCAUCAGCGAACACACACAGCAUCAGUGAACACAUACAGCAUCAGUGAACACAUACAGCAUCAGUGAACACAUACAGCAAAAGUGAACACAUACAGCAUCAAGUGUUCACACACAUACAUCUGAUUGACUACACAUUCAACUGAUGGGGCAUUGGUCAGAAUCUAGACAGUUUUCUUUGUGCCAUAGAUAUUUCAGUUGUACUACUGGUUUAUAGAAAAACUACACAUUCUUGAUACCGUGCAUUUUUGAAUUGUGUCAAGGUCACCAUUGAGGUCUACAAUACGUUGUCACCAGAGGUGAUGUCUCGGUGUAGAGCUGUGGUAAUAAUGAUGUUCUUGUAUGAAGUGUGCAACCAUGGCAUACUGGUCCUGUAAUAUAAUACAAAUCUGUCUGUAGGAGAAGGAAGAAUGGCGUCAUAGAGAGUUGUGCUAUGGCUGACAAUGUGCUGGCUUGGAGAUCGACUAGUGUGUCGACUUUGUGCUACAUGAUUUGUAAUAAACCUGUGAUGUUGUAUAUAAACAGAUUAGUUUUGCAUAUUUGUAAACUCUCAAACGUUA